AUGUGUUCUGGGGGCUUCAGGACGGUGAAUCUGUCGGUGAAAGGCCAGCACCUCCUCAGAGACUCUGAGGAUAAUGGGGUGACAGUGGAACGAGACACAUGUCAAACACUUUGGAGACCACUCUACUCAGACUUCCAGAUUAACAGGAACCGCAAGAAUUUCACAGACAAACUCCUAGGAAUCUUCCAGGAUCUUGAGAAGAAUAUAAUCACAUUUCUAAAAAAUGAACUGGACCUGUUUAAGAAAAUAUUACAAAAAGAGAACAUGCAGUACUUUGUGAAGAACUUUAAUGAGAACAGAUGCAGUAUGAAAGAAGCAGCUCUUGAUCUCACACUCUACUUCCUGAGAGAGAUGAAGCAAGAUGAAGCUGCUGAUACUCUAGAAGAUGAGCUGAUCUUCAUUCACCAGCUAAAGUGUAGCCUAAGGAAGAAGUAUCAAAGUGUGUUUGAAGUAUUUGCAAAGCAAGGAGACUCUACACUUCUGAAGAACAUCUACACAGAUAUCUAUAUCACUCAGGGUUGUAGUGAACAGGUCAAUACUGAACAUGAGGUGAGACAGAUUGAAGUUGCUUCCAGACGUCAUGAAUCACAGGAGAUACAGGUUGAGUGCAAACGUUUGUUUGAAGCACCUGAACAAGACAAGCAGAUCAGAACUGUACUGACAAAAGGAGUUGCUGGCAUCGGAAAAUCAGUCUCUGUGCAGAAGUUUGUUCUGGAUUGGGCCGAAGGAAAGGAAAAUCAAGAAAUCAGGUUCAUUUUUCCUCUUCCAUUUAGAGAGAUGAACUUAAAGGAGCAAGAAAAACUAAGUUUGAUGGACCUUAUAACUCAGUUUUUCCCAGAGACAAAAGGACUGAACCUUACAAGAAGAAAUCAAUUCAAAGUCUUGUUCAUUCUUGAUGGAUUGGAUGAAUGUCGACUUCCUGUAAACUUUAAGGAUAAUGAGACGUGGUCUGAUGUUUCCUCACCAGCCUCUCUGGAUGUUCUCCUGACGAACCUCAUCAAGGGAAAUCUGCUUCCUUCUGCUCUCAUCUGGAUCACCAGCAGACCAGCAGCUGCCAGUAAGAUUCCUCCUGACUGUAUCGACCGGCUCACAGAGAUACGAGGAUUCAAUGAUGCACAAAAGGAGGAGUACUUCAGAAAAAGAUUCACGGAUGAGAAUCAGGCCAAAGAAAUCAUUGAUCAUGUUAAACAAUCAAAGAGUCUCUUUAUCAUGUGCCACAUCCCAGUCUUCUGCUGGAUUUCAGCCACUGUUCUCCAGAACAUUUUAGAGGAGAAAAGAAAUAAUGUUGUGAAAAACAAUCAGGCUGAUGAUGUCUCCAAAAUACUGCAGGAGUCAAAUACUGAAGACACUCCUAAGACUCUGACACAAAUGUACACACACUUCCUCAGAUUUCAGAUCCAGCAGAGCAGACGAAAGUAUGAUGGAGAAUAUUCACCGGAUGUUUCCUGGGAUAAAGAUGCCAUCUUUUCACUGGGGAAACUGGCAUUUGAUCAGCUGGAAAGAAACAAUGUGAUCUUCUAUGACACAGAUCUGGAAGCCUGUGGUAUUGACGUCUAUAAGGCAUCAGUGUACUCAGGCGUGUGUACCCAGAUCUUUAAGGAGGAAACAGGGGUCACUCUUGGUACAAUGUACUGCUUCGUUCACUUGAGCAUUCAAGAGUUUAUUGCAGCCCUUAAUGCACAUCUGUUUCUAGACAUCAACAAGAAAUGUGUGUUUGAUCAAGACUCUACAGAACAGGAAAAUAAAAAUGGCAGUGUUUUUUUGGACCAUUUCCUUCACUUCCUUCUCGGACAAUCCAAAAAAACCAUGAUUGAUUUGCUCAAGACUGCAGUGGACAAGGCACUAGAAAGUGAUAAUGGACACCUGGAUCUUUUUCUUCGAUUCCUCCUUGGUUUGUCACUCCAGUCCAAUCAGAGACUCUUACAGGGUCUGUUGACACAUGAAGAAGACAAUGAGCAGAGCAAAGAGGAAAUAGUUCAGUACAUCAAGCAGAAAUUAGAGUCUAAUCUGUCUCCAGAGAGAUCCAUCAAUCUGUUCUACUGUCUGAAUGAACUGAACGACCAAACUCUGGUGAAAGACAUUCAGACCCACCUAUUCCUUAAUAAGCUUUGUUCGGGAUGUUAA